AUGUCUGCUGAUUUCGAAGAUGAGGAAGCUCCUCCGGAUCUCAUUGAUGUGUCCACCAUCCCCGCAGAGGAGGCCGAGGAACCGCCAGCAGCUCGUGUACCUAUCACGCUAGUCACCGUCAACAAAGGAUACCUUGGUGCGGGGAAGACCACCUUGUUGAAUUACAUAUUGACGGAGAAACACGGCAAGAAAAUCGCUGUGAUCAUGAACGAAUUUGGUGAUUCAACCGACAUUGAAAAACCAAUGACAGUCAAUGAAGGCGGCCAAGAAGUCACCGAGUGGAUGGAAGUCGGCAACGGCUGCAUCUGCUGCUCAGUCAAAGACUCUGGCGUAAUGGCCAUCGAGUCCCUAAUGGAACGUCGCGGCACGUUCGACUACAUCCUCCUAGAGACGACCGGACUAGCGGACCCUGGAAAUAUUGCACCAAUUUUCUGGAUGGAUGAAGGACUCGGCAGCUCCAUCUACCUUGAUGGAAUCGUCACUCUAGUCGACGCGAAGAAUAUCACUCGCCUGCUGGACGAGCCCGCACCUGAAGAGAAAGCCGAAUCUCACGACCAGCAUCACGACCAUGGCAAUGGGCCGGUUCUGUCGAUGGCGCAUAUGCAGAUCUCCCAUGCGGAUGUUGUCAUUCUAAACAAGACCGAUCUCGUCACUGAGCAGGAGUUGGAGGAUGUGCGAGAUCGCGUCUCGUCUAUUAACAGUGUAGCAAAAAUCCACGUCACAGAUCAUAGCCGCACGCCGCAGAUCGAAGGCGUUGUGUUGGAUUUGCAUGCGUAUGAUCAUUUGGCGGAUCUGGAUUUCAGUAAGAAGGGACAUAGUCAUAUGGAUCCGGCAAUUUCUACUACUGCUAUCGUGGCACCCCCAAUCCCAGCAGACAAAGUGGACUCUGUGGAUGCCUGGCUACGCUCUGUUCUUUGGGAGACAAAGUUCCCUGCGCCUGCGUCAUCGGCCUUGUCUGAGCCCCAACCCGAUAACUUCGAAAUUCACCGGUUAAAGGGUAUUCUGAUCCUCGACAAUGGAACUAGCAGGAUUAUCCAGGCAGUCCGAGAUGUCUUUGAAAUCCGAGACGCUGAGCCGAUAGAUACCGAAGACAAGUCCAAGCCACUCCAGUGCAAGAUUGUACUGAUUGGACGUGGCCUCGGAUCAUCCGUAGAGCCUUGGCGGGAAAGUUUUGAAUCAUGCCUGACGAAUUGA